AUGGAUUGGCUCUGGCAGUACUGCUGCUCUAUUGGUAGCGGUGCUUUGGAUCGUGUGCUAUUUACGAAGGAGAAGAAAAUUACUACGUUCCGAAUGAUUCUCAUCUCUGACAAACAAAAAGGGACACUGAUUGAGAAUGUAUUGGUCGAGUUGACGGACACUAAUGUCAACGGGCUUCAAAAUGAUGGAGUGAUGGAACAUGAUUUAAGAGUAUUUAGCUAUGCAUCUGUCAUGGCUGCCACAGACAACUUCUCCAUUCAAAACAAGCUUGGUGAGGGGGGAUUUGGACCUGUUUAUAAGGGAACAUUGGAAUCGGGACAAGAAAUAGCCGUGAAAACGCUUUCAAGAUGUUCAGGGCAAGGAACAUUCGAGUUUAAGAAUGAAUUGAUACUCAUAUCUGAACUUCAACAUACGAAUCUUGUUCGUACUGAUCCAACCAGAGGCCUGUUACUAGAUUGGAAGGCGCGUUUCGGCAUAAUUGAAGGAAUCGCUCAAGGAUUGCUUUACCUUCACAAAUACUCAAGAUUGAGAGUAAUUCAUAGAGAUCUAAAAGCUAGUAAUAUACUACUUGAUGAAAACAUGAACCCUAAAAUCUCUGAUUUUGGUAUGGCAAGGGCAUUUGUCCAUAAUGAACUGGAAGCAAAUACUGAUAGGAUCGUUGGCACAUUAGGUUAUAUGUCUCCAGAGUAUGCCAUGGAGGGAAUUUUCUCCCCAAAAUCCGAUGUCUACAGUUUUGGAGUACUAAUGCUUGAAAUCAUAUGUGGUAGAAAAAACAGCAGCUUCUACAAUGAUGAUCAUGUGAUCAGUAUAGUGGGUUAUGCAUGGGAGUUAUGGAAAGAAGGGGCAGGGCUAGAACUUAUGGAUCCAACACUAGGCGAGUCAUGUGUUAGGGAUCAAUUGUUGAGAUGCGUCCAUGUUAGUCUAUUAUGCGUGGAGGAAAAUGCCGUCGAUCGACCCACCAUGUCAGAUGUCAUAUCUAUGUUGACCAAUGAAGCUAAACUGGUCGAAGUUUUCUCUCAUGGGGAGAGCCGUGUGUGGUGGCACUUCGCCGUGGGGAGAGAUGAGAGAGGGAGUAGUCGGCGGCAAUGGAGGUGGCUAACGGCUAGGGAGAGAGAGAGGUUUUGGGGUUUUUAG